AGGCCGUAGGAUGAUGCAUUAUCGUAAGCACGCCGAAAAUGCGUGUCUAUCAUUCAUGGUAUAUCUACCUGACCGUAGUCGACCCCUCGCCUACCGUCAAUGUCUUUCCUUCAUAUCUUAAAAACCAUCCUCCUGCAUGGCCAACACGCCUGCGUCUACCCAGCAGCUUUUGAACCCAAGCGCGAUCGAAGUCGACGCUACGACUUCUUCCGGACCUGGGUGGUGCGGAGCACGGACAGGCUAACGCUUGUGGAGGUGACAACUUCCGACAAGGUGGCUUUGAGAUGUGCAAUAUAUUUACAUGGCUCGGAUUCGGAUUCGGAAUCACACUCAGACUCGAUUUUGCCUCCCCUCGCCACGCUCAUUCUCUUUCAUGGAAAUGCCUGUCAUUGGUGGGACAUUACAGAUCUUGCUGAGCAAUUCUACGCAAGACGCUGUAACGUUCUUCUGGUUUCUUACCGAGGAUACGGAACUUCCGGUGGCUUUCCUUCUGAGAAAGGUCUGAGGGAGGAUGCGCAGGCUGUGCUUGAGUACGUGUUAGCUGAUCAGCAGCUCUCCCAGGUGCCAAUUAUUGUAUACGGCCACUCAUUAGGCGGGGCCGUAGCCAUCGACCUCGUCAGCCGAAAUCCCACCAAGGUGUCCGCUCUCAUAGUGGAGAACACGUUCCUUUCCAUACGCAGCAUCGUCCGAGGCUGGAGCGUCCUCCGCCUUUUUGCUUUCAUCGUCCACCAGAAAUGGGAUUCCGAGUCCAAAAUCUCGUCCAUACCAGGGACGCUGCCGCUCCUCAUGCUCAGCGGAGAGGCAGACCCCGUUGUUCCCGAAGCGCAUAUGAGGAAAUUGUGGGAACUACGUUCGCCCGGCGAUUUGGAUAUAUUCAGGUCUUUCCCUCGCGGUGGACAUGAACCUAGCUUGACCAAACCGGAGUAUUGGGACACGAUAGAUACAUUCUUUAGUGCUGUCCUUCAGAGGCAGGAAUCUGCUACCUCUUCUUCAUGAGCAGGCCUUGUGAGAGAGCAUAUGAUCUCAAUAUUUUUCCAUUUUCUUUAUAUGUAUAGUAACUGACGCUCCUGUUCCCUAAUAUUAUGCGGAAUACGCAGUACAGCAUAUGACGCAUAAUAUGAAUCCGUACGAAAUUGCAUUAAC